UUUGGUAGUUAAUUGCACAACAGAAGAUCUUUUCCCGAUGCUUACUGCAAUUUGUAAUAAAAUACUUAACAAGAGAAAACAAUUCAUGGAUUCCAUGGAAUCAAACUGAGACGCUGCAAAUUGUUGCCGUUGCUCGUAGACUUCUCUCUUUCUACCACAACCCAUCUCUUUCUUUCUAGAAAGAUACAACUUUCACUGAAAAAAACAAGACGAAACAAAACCAACGCUUUCCCGGAAAAUGUUGCCAUCCACUCCGCCGAACCUAAAGAACGAAAGAGAAGAUGCGCUCAUGGACUUUGAUUUUGACCUCGACGUUUUGUGGCCGUUGGAUCCGAUUCACUUUCUCUCCUACCCCACGUCGCCGCUUUUGUUGCCGCCCAAUGACCAGCCUUGUACCCCUUUGUGGGCUUUUUCCGACGGCGAUGUCGAAAGUGACUAUAAGCUCGCCGGGCAUGUUGGUCAAGCUCUUUCUGACUGUUCUCAGUUUGUUUCAUUUACAAACCGAUCACGAUAUUGUUCGUUUAGCAUUUUGCAGUCUCGAGUAGCAGCCAGAGGUUCACUCAUUUAUGUUUCUCUUUACAAUAUCACAAAAUACAGGUAAUUCUAAUUCCGUAACGGAAGGGUCAACAGAGACUGAGAGUAACAGAAUGCUUCCAUCACCAUUUUCAGGACUGGAACCUCUUGAAAGUUCAGAUGGUUAUAGUUUAUUUAACGAGAAGAUCACUCAAGCACUCAGGUACCUCAAGGAAUUGACUGACCAACCUGUUCUAGCCCAGUUUUGGGCACCAGUGAAGGAUGGGAAUCGGUAUGUACUCACAACUUUAGGGCAGCCCUUUGUCCUUGAUCCACAGUGUAUCAGACUUCAUCAGUAUAGGAUGGCCUGUUUGAUGUAUAUGUUUUCCGUGGAUGGGGAGAGUGAUGGAGUUCUUGGGCUUCCUGGCCGCGUUUUCCAGCAUAAAUUGCCAGAAUGGACUCCAAAUGUUCAGUACUACUCCAUUAAAGAGUAUGCACGGCUUCGCCAUGCUCAGCAAUACAAUGUUCAGGGAACCUUAGCUUUGCCCGUGUUUGAGCCCUCUGGAAGGUCUUGUGUUGGUGUACUUGAGCUCAUAAUGAUUUCUCCUUUGAUCAACUAUGGUCCCGAGGUUGAUAAGGUUUGCAAAGCACUUGAGGCAGUAGGCUUGAAAAGUUCAGAGAUACUGGAUCAUCCAAGUAGGCAGAUUCAAAUAUGCAAUGAAGGUCGCCAAACUGCAUUGGCUGAAAUCUUGAAGAUACUGAUAGUGGUAAGUGAAACUCACAAAUUACCACUUGCUCAGACGUGGGUUCCCUGUAUGCAUCGAAAUGUUUUGGCUUAUGACGGUGGCCUGAAGAAGAGCUGUACUAGCUUUGAUGGCAGUUCCAUGGAACAGGUCUGCAUGUCCACAACUGAUGUUGCAUUCUACAUUGUAGAUGCUCAUAUGUGGCAUUUUCGAGAUGCCUGCGUUGAACAUCACUUACACAAGGGUCAAGGAGUUGCUGGGAGGGCAUUUUUGUCCCAUAACGCAUGCUUCUGCGAAGACAUUACCCAAUUCUGCAAAUCUGAAUACCCUGUAGCACACUACGCACGCAUGUUUGGGCUAGCCGGCUCUUUUGCUAUCUGCUUACAGAGCACUCAUACUGGAAAUGAUGAUUACAUUCUAGAAUUUUUUCUGCCCCCAAGCAUCACAGACAGUCAUGAACAACAAACUUUGUUGGGCUCUAUAUUGGCGAUAAUGAAGAACCAUUUCCGGAGUCUCAGUGUUGCUUCUGGAAUUGUACUUGAAGAGGAGGGAAUAGUUGAAAUUGUUCAAGCUUCUAAAAAUAAUGGGCUUGCCACAAGACUUCAAUGUAUACUGAUACCCCGUUCAGUGGAAUCACCACCAGGGCCUGCCUUACCUUACAGAGAAGAGAUGGUGCAACUAGAUUCAUCAAAACCACAGUUAGUGGUGGGAUAUGAUGUUGCAAAUGAUGGGAGAAAUUAUGUUCACGAGGGUGGAGAAAACAAUAUUUCUUUCCCAGAGAAUAAAGACAUAAAAAAGAAACCGGAGAAGAAGCGUGGAAAAGCAGAGAAAUCAAUUAGUCUAGACGUUCUCCAACAAUAUUUUGCAGGGAGUCUUAAGGAUGCUGCAAAGAGUCUUGGAGUUUGUCCCACUACAAUGAAGCGCAUUUGCAGGCAUCAUGGAAUCUCCCGCUGGCCAUCUCGCAAGAUCAAGAAGAUCAACCAUUCUCUCACUAAGCUACAGCGCGUAAUUGAAUCAGUUCACGGUGCUGAAGGAGCAUUUGGUUUAACUCCUCUUACUGCAAGUGGCUCCAUUUCUCGGCCUUGGAUUUUAAAUGGUUCUAAUCAACAAGGCUCACCAAGCUCUAAACUUUGUGAAGUUUAAGGACAAAAGAAAGACUCGCCCACCUCUACUUUACCAGGAACAGAGGGGCGGGCUGGGAUUGACAAUCAUUUGCUAGAUGAGCGGAUGCUGAGUUACGAGGAACUUCUUCUGGAACAUAACAGGUGUCUGCGAGACAGGGGUAAAGGCUCAAACACAUCCAACAGGGGAAACAGCUCAACGGAGGCAAGUGCUUGUACCUCUACUUGUCAUGGUUCAUUCCAAGGUAGUCCUGGAAACGGAAUUGCCAUGGUAAACCCUCCAUUUUCAGAUUCAGCUCCCAAGCAAUCCAACACAAUGCCACAUAUCACGGGCAGGCAAGAAAUGAAGAGUGUAACCAUAAAGGCGACAUAUAAAGAAGACAUUAUUAGGUUUCGCGUGUCGAUGAGUUCAGGUUUUGUGGACAUGAAAGAGAUUAAAACUGGAAGGGGGCACAUUCGACAUCAAAUGUGUGGCUUAUGACCUUGAACGAGUUCUGGUACCCUGUGAUGCAGACCUGCAGGAGUGUCUGGAACUUUGUAGAACAUCACGCAUCAAUCUGAUCAGACUCUCGAUUCAUGACAUAAUGUCCCAUCUCGGAAGCUCUUGUGUUAGGUUAUAAGUGAAGGUGUAAGUUUUCCAUUUUAUUUGUUGUUCUUGCCAAGGUGUAGGUAUUGAUUCUUUGAGGUUUGCUUCAGUUUUGCUCUCUGUGAAGUAUCAUUAUCAAGAGCUUACGGCACUAGCUACUCCAAAAUACGGCCAUAAUUUACAACGGGCUCGUAGCUCAAUUGGUACAAUGUAUUUAUCACUGGACGCGAGAUCAGGUGCCUGAUUCCCCCUCCACCAAUAUUGCCUGCAUAAUAAUGAUCAAUAAUCAAUGACAAUUUAUAUA